AUGGCUGAAUUAAACGAUUAUAGUACGAUGAUCGAUAUUCUUCUCUCUGAUAUGGAUUUGGAAACGGUCACAACUAAAAAGGUUAGGAUGGCUUUGAAAGAAGUAUAUGCAAUCGACGUUGAAUCACAGGGAAAAGCAAUUAACAAAUUGAUUAGGAAACAUCUAGAUCUUGUAAAAGAAAGGCCGCGCUUCGAAAGAUCUCUUGAGGAUCUGCUAAAGGAAAAUGCUACUUUGGCGAUUGAGCUCACCAAGGAAAUUACCGUAAGCAAACGAUCAUCUGGAGAGGAAAAGAACGAUAGCGAAACCAAAGGUACUCAUGUUGAGAAGAAAAAAGGGACUGUUAGUAAGUCACCUAUUUCAACACGAAAAGUUACACUAUCUAAAUCAUUAGCGAGUUUGCUAGGAGAGCAUGAAUUGACGAGGACCGAAGUAGUACGACGACUCUGGGCAUAUAUUAAAGCGCAUAAUCUGCAGAAUCCUAACAACAAGAAAGAAAUACUGUGCGACGAAAAAUUAGAAUUAAUACUUGGCAAGAGUACCAAUAUGUUUGAGAUGCACAAAAUUUUGGCAAGUCAUAUGACAGAGCCUAAAAAAAUAAGCGACUGUCCUCCUCUUAUCCAAGAAGUCCGUAGAAAGGAAAAGCCCAUCGUUUCAGAUUCCGAGCAAUCAGAUACAAAGGGCAUUUGA